AUGCCCAUGAACAAAUCUAAUCUAUUAUUCUGGAUGACUUGUAUUUAUUCAUUACAAAUAAAUACACUUUAUUCAAGCACAUAUAAAAUGUAUGAAAUUGACUUACAAAGUACUUUACCAGAAAAUUAUGACUUUUAUAUAAAAAAUUAUUAUUCAUCUAACGAUAAUAUUUUAAUUAUAACAGAAGUCAAAUCGCCGCAAUUUAAUAUUUAUGGUUUUCUUUGUAUUCAUUCUAAUCGAACAUCCAAUACCUACACUAAAAAAUUAUAUUGCUUUUCAAAAGAUUUUACAAACAUCAAUAAGAUAUUUUACAAAUUUGAUUUUACUAUGGCCUUAAGACGAAAAAAUAUUCUUAACAUACAAAUUCCUUCUAUGUUGUUCAAUAAUGCAAUAAAACUUCGGUAUGGUGUUGAAAUCACAAAAAUUACUGAAAAUGUUAGCGAUAUAGGUUUGAAAAUGCAAAAUGAUUUUAUAGAAUUUGUAUUCUUAAAUAAGCUUAAAACAAUUUUGUCGUGUCGUCAACUUCUUGAAGAAUUAACAAACAAACCUGUAUCAAGAAUUAUGCAUUCUUUAGAAAACGAAGAUUAUAUUUUAGCGUUUUUUGAUAGGGACUAUUGUAAAAUUAUUAGUUUUUUAAAAAAACUUAUUUUGUUACUACAAGAAGAUAAUGAAUUGUUAAAAUCUAAGUUAUCUAUAUUCCUUACAAAUUUUAUGAAAAAUAAUUUAAAUAAGUUUUGGGAAGAUGAAUUUAUGCUCUUUAAUAAGGACUUUGAUAUUUUCAAAAAUUAUAAUUUAUCGAAUUGCUUUUUUACCGAUUUAAUUAACUUAUUUUGCUUAAUUGAGAAUCCAAAUCACAAAUUUAAACUUUAUGAUUACGAUCGAUACAUCGGAUCACUUUUUGGUUAUUCUUAUGUUGCUGUUUUGAUUUACUUUCAAGAAGAUAUUGAUGAAAAAAAUUUAAAGUGCUUUGCCUACGACAAGAAAAAUAAUGAAUUGAAAUACAAAUUAUUAAUUGAUUCAAAAAAAAGACUUAUUUUUUUUAUGUUUGAAUUACAUUAUCUGAAAGAAUCUAAUAUUACACAAAUAGAUUGCUUAGUUCAGACACCCAAUAAACAUUAUGAAUCAUGUAAUAUUGAUUUGAUUGAGUACUUUUAA